AUAAUAUUUGUCCAAUUUCUUCGGCUCCUGGUGACGGAAUAUGCCCUUCUGAGUGGAAAUCCUUGAUUGUUUUCGGAACACAACCGGUUAGUGGCUCUUUUGAGUACUUCCAUUUUAUCGGAGAGGUAUAAGAUGGCGAAAUCUACGGGCGAAAAGAAAGGAAAAAGCGCGAUGAAUGAGGUCGUGACACGUGAAUAUACGGUCAAUCUCCACAAACGAUUGCAUGGCGUCGGAUUCAAGAAACGGGCACCUCGAGCUAUCAAGGAAAUAAGGAAGUUCGCCGAAAAACAAAUGGGCACACCUGACGUUAGGAUCGACACACGUCUUAACAAGCAGCUGUGGUCCAAGGGAAUCAGAAAUGUCCCCUUCCGUGUUCGCGUCCGCCUUAGCAGGAGAAGGAACGACGACGAAGACUCUGCAAACAAAUUGUACACACUAGUUACAUACAUCCCUGUUGCCACCUUCAAGGGACUCCAGACAGAAAAUGUGGAUGCUAGUCAAGAAUAAUUUAUUCUUGAGCAAUAAAUAAUUUUGGCUAAUA